AUGUUGGCUUCACUGACCCCUUUUUAUGCUUCAGCCAAUCCGAAAAACUGGCCACGACUUCCCAAGUUUUGUCCCUGUGGACCCUGUUUCUACCAGGACAUUGACCGCGAGAUUAAAGUUGAAUUUAGACGCCUGGUCCGGACCGGUUACUAUAUUUGGAUGUCCUACGCAGUCCUUCUCUUAGUCAACAUGCUCGGCACCAUCUGCUACUUCGCCUCCCCCGGCACAGGUGAUGGUGGCACCCUGUUUGGCGUUGCCAUCCUCAUCACCAUAAUCUGUGUUCCCCUCUCCUACAUCUGUUGGUUCCGUCCGCUCUACAAGGCUUUCAAGUAA